AUGAACACGAAACAAGACAGAGAACGCAUGUACUUAUUUUUUCAGUUUCUUCAUUUUCUCUAGGAAGGCUUCACCUACAGCACACGAUGCAGCUUUAUUAUUGUUACUCAUUCUCAAUCAAUCAAGACGAAAUCUUUUCCACUUUUGGAGGACCACGACUAAAAACUUACUUUACAACUGUACAGGUACAAUUUUUUUUUUCGUAUGCUUAGAGGAGUAAUUGGGAAACGAAUGAGUGGGAAUAUGACGACGAAAGGGCGACACUUUUUAUUUGUGGACGAGCAAGAAAGUUCAAGUUGA